ACAGCAAAGAUAAACAUAAAACAAUUUAUCUUAUGAGAGUUUAGGUUUUAAUUUAAGUUUAAAAGACUACGUAACUGAUAACUCUGUCAGUAACCCCCCCUGUUUUUUUUUUACUUAAAUUUGUAUCUGUAAUGUGAACCGAUAUAAUUCACUGUAUUUUAAUUUGAGACUGUAAAAUCAUGCUUUAUUACGUAAAAAGAAAUCGUUGAAAAUAUAUUUUACCGUUAUCGCGUUACAUAUUCCCAUACUUUGAUAUUUUUGUUUGUUAACAAAUCAAGGCCUUUAAAAAUGGUGUUUCGAUUGUUUUCAACUUAUAAAAAUAUACCUCGGGUGUGCGUUGUGGGUGCAGGACCAGCUGGCUUUUAUGCAGCUAUGCAUUUAACAAAGAAAUUAGAAAAUGUACACAUUGACAUUAUAGAAAAACUACCAGUUCCAUUUGGGCUAGUGCGGUAUGGCGUUGCCCCUGACCAUCCUGAAGUUAAAAAUGUAAUCAAUCAAUUCACUAAAUUGGCUCAACAGGAUAAUGUUAAUUUUUAUGGAAAUAUAACUUUGGGCAAGGACAUAAGUUUGUUACAACUGAGAGAACAUUAUGAUGCUGUUUUAUUGACUUAUGGAGCUGAAGAAGAUAAGACUUUAGGAAUUGAAAAUGAAGAUGCAAAUAAUGUGUUAGCUGCAAGAAAUUUUGUGGGAUGGUACAAUGGUCACCCCCGUGAUAGAAAUCUGAAGGUUGAUCUGUCAGGUCAUACUGCAGCUAUUCUCGGGCAAGGUAAUGUUGCCCUUGAUGUUGCUAGAAUAUUACUAUCACCAUUGGAUGUCUUGAAAAAAACAGAUAUUACUGAUUAUGCUCUUCAAGCGAUAGCAAGCUCAAAAAUUAAGGAAUUAUAUCUAGUAGGUAGAAGAGGACCUCUGAAUGUGGCAUUUACAAUAAAAGAAUUACGUGAACAAAUAAAAUUAGAAAACUGUGCCACAAUUUGGAGAAAAAAUGAUUUUGUCGCGGUUGCAGAUGCUGUGAAUAGUCUACCACGUCCUAGAAAGAGAUUGACUGAGCUAAUGCUAAAAUCUCUUAAUGAAAAUGAUAAUGCUGUUAGUGAUAACCAAAAAGUUUUUAAGCCUAUAUUUUACAGGAGCCCAAAAAAGUUUUUAGUAAAUUCUGACAGGCACUUACAGGGUAUAGAAUUGACUUGUAAUACUCUAAUAGGUGAUAAAAUAGAAGAACAAACAUGUGUUCCAACAGAAGAUUCAGAGAUUUUAAACUGUUCCCUUGCAUUUCGUAGUAUUGGAUACAAAAGCAUUCAAGUUGACAAAGAUUUACCUCUUAAUAGUAAUGGGGUAGUUAUUAAUGAAAAUGGUCGAGUUACAAGCACUGAUGUAAGUAAUUUAGCAAAGCUCUACGUGGCUGGAUGGCUAGGAACAGGUCCUGUUGGAGUUAUAUUACAUACAAUGGGGAAUGCAUUUCAAGUUGCAAAGUUAAUAUGUGAAGAUUUGAAAAAGCAAGGCAAUUAUAAUAAGGGUGGAUUUUUAGAAGUUAAAAGUAUAAUCAAUGAAAGAACUCCUGUUAUUGAUUGGAGUGGUUGGGAGAAAAUCGAUAAAUAUGAAACUGAGGAGGGUAAAAAACUUGGUAAACCUCGGGAAAAGAUAGCUUAUGUUGAAAAAAUGAUCCAAGUAGCUUUAAGCUAGAUAAUAGUUAUUUAAAUAAAUAAAUAAAAAAGUAGGUAUAAUAAAUAAAUAUAUAUAAUAGAUUUUUUUUUUAAUACUGAUCUGUACUGAUCAAUCUAUGUAGUUUUCAAACAGAUAUUUAUUUAAGUCAUAAGUGAGUAAUAUUUUUGUAUAUCAGGUAAUAAACUUUUUUAUUUUUCUGUUAAUAUUAUUUCUAUGUACUUACUGUACGUAAUAUGAUUGCAGUCAUACUAUAUACUGAUUGUAUUUUGGAUUUAGUUUAAAAUUGAUAAAGGAGAUUUUAUACAA